AUGUUUAAGCAAACCGGCACACCCACAGAUAAAGAUGGCCGCGAUCCGCUUGACAAGGAAUUCACCAUGGCGUGGAAUCAACAUAAAGUGACAGAGUGGUUAAAAGACCGUGGUUGGCAUCAUAUUGCUCCCCGAUUCGAAGAAAACGAUAUAUGCUUUGAACGGUUUUUACAUAUUACAUUGGCAGAAUUGGGCCGAAUAGUACCUCGUCCUUUUACCACUUACUCUGAACGUCGAAGAUUACUCAACGAAAUCCGAGCCCUGACCACACAAAAACCAACUACCACCACCAGAAUUUCCAUUAAUACCAAUUUGCAUACCAACUUCCACUCAUCGAAUGAGACCCCGUCAGCCAACACACCGACUUCCGGCCAUUUACCGAGCAAUUCUCCAGCAACCCCUUCCAGUGGCCGAACCGCUUGCGAAUGUCAUCCAGAUAACCUGUAUCCUGUCGAUCCUUCGAGAGACAGUGGCAUCGCCUACCUCUGUCACAGCCCACAUCAUUCGGCAGGUCCAUCUCCUUUGCCUUCACCCUCCUCUUCUGAAUUUUCCUGUCCGCCACGAACCAAACCAUCACCCACUCGCGCUUAUUCACCCAAAGCAGCUUUUUCCAAACUUCGCAACGCUUUUUUACCCCACGCACCCUCGGUGCACCACGCCGAUCCGCCUCCAACCACCAACGCGAACCCUGUCACCCAUCCAUCUUCUGCUGCCACCGCUCGUACCAACGUCGCCAAACACGAUCUGCAUUCCGAACCAGACAUGGACGAACGCACACGACCCACCAUUCCUUUACGAGUUUCUUCGACCCCCGAUAAAAUAUCUCGAAUCUGGGCCAACUAUUCCCAGUGGCAUUCGUCCAAUCGUGCUUUCAAAACCAGUUCAGGAGCAGGAGGAGACGCUUCCCCUGUCUACAGUAAGCGCGUCGUAAGCAUCCAAAACUCCUUAUCCACCGCCAAUAUCCUUGACCAUCGCAUUCAAGUCACAAGUGAUAAGGAUACCUGGUACAGCCUCAACGUCACUGAAUUCACCGAUCCCAAUGCCCUGAAAGAUAGUAUUCUAAAGCGGGUGCAACUGGCUGGUGAACGUGAUCAAUAUUGCUAUUUUCAUGAAAACGGCCCUCAUCCAAACAUACCCUUGUCACCCAAGGACUUGAUGCGUCUAUGCUCCAUUGCAGACUAUACAGCCACUCAUCGUAUCUUGGUUCUCCCUGCGAACCAAGUCACCGACUCGACUCAUUCCCUUCUUUAUCCUGCGCAAGUCAGAUCAGGCUUACCACAACAACCACUGUCGCAUUCACCGUACCAACAUACCACCUUUGCCUCAUCCACUCCCGAACUGGGCCACUCACCGUCCGAAACCACAUUUCCCUGCUGUGCAUAUGGCAACAGACUAGAUCCAAAAUAUGCGACGUCUUAUGCUGUCACGCCUCACCACACAUCACCAAAUAAUGCCACCGCAUCCUAUCGAACCUUAAAUCGUCAUAAUGCUGCCGUUCCACCUUGUCGUUACCGCUCCGAACGACCGGUUGGAAUUCAACUCUCCGAUCCUCCAACCCACCCAACUACCGUUCCCCCGACUCACACGCCACCAUUAUCAGAAGAAGAAUCAUUCCACGAAUCAUCCCACUAUCAUCCUUUAAGAAAGGAUAGUGCUCCUUUUCUUGGUCAUUCUCCCGUUACCGCCAAAGCUCGUACUCGUUACUCUGAACCUUACUUUCACCGUGCAUCGCGUCCAUCCGAGAGUCAGAAUGAUGUGGGUUUAUGGGCCGUGCCGCCUAAAAAAAGUUGUCCCGAAUUAUCCACUCACGCUGCAGCAGCUUCAUCAGCAGUGACCACCACGAGUCUGUGGGCCGUGCCGCCCAGUGUUCAUCCAAUGGAUACGGCUCAUCUACGCGACAUUGAUUUGGAAGCACUGCAACUCAAUGAUCCCUCCUCAUCACAACAUUUCAAUGUGGCAGCGUCGUCAUCGCAGGAUGACAGAGCUGACCAAACCUCGGCGGUUACCAGUGAAUUCUGGGGUGAACGACCACCCACCGAAGUCGUCUUUCAAAAUAUGGAAAAGUACUUUGACGAUCACGAUCUGGACAAAGAAGUCGUUGUUGAACAGGAACCACAACCAUCGCCCCAUCCUUCAGGAACCGCGCUGAGACGGUACCCUCACACGAAAUCGAUCCGCCUCGUAGCUCGUGAAGCCAGUCGACGGCUUAUUAACCGACGCCAGCAUAAGCAUGGCUCCAUGUUACGGCGAAAAAGUACGAAAUUAUGGGGUCAGCGUGUGGUUGAAGUGAAGCCUUUGAAACGACUGCCGUCCUUGAGCGAGCAUAUGAGCAUGGCCCAUGAUGCGUCGGGCGACAAGCCGGUUCAGUGGAUCCGUGGUAAACUGAUAGGGAAAGGCUCCUUUGGUCGCGUCUAUUUAGCAUUCAAUGUGGCCACUGGCGAAGUCAUUGCCGUCAAGCAAGUCGAGAUAGCAGAGGCUCAAAACGACCGGCGCGAUCCUCAUCAACAAAACUCCAUCGAAGCGUUGCACCAAGAGAUCACCUUGUUACGUGAUUUGGAUCAUGAUAAUAUUGUGCAGUAUCUCGGCUACGGUGAAGAUGAGGCCGAAGGAGUGAUCAAUAUCUUUCUUGAAUACGUAGCCGGUGGCAGUAUUGCCAGUCGACUCGCUUUACAUGGAGCGUUUGAAGAGCCCUUGGUGAGACACUUUACACGACAAAUUAGCUUGGGUUUAGCCUAUCUUCAUUCCAAGAAUAUCCUUCACCGCGACAUCAAAGCCGCCAAUAUCCUUGUAGAGGCAGACGGUCAGUGCAAAAUCUCCGAUUUCGGCUUGUCCAAGAAGAACGAUUACGACGAGGUCUAUGACCAAAAUUCGCGCAUGAGCCUUCGAGGUUCCAUUUACUGGAUGGCCCCCGAAGUCGUGAAAAACGAACCCUACAGUGCCAAAGUCGAUAUUUGGAGUCUCGGUUGCACUGUAAUUGAAAUGUUUACAGGUCAACGACCAUGGCUGACCCUCAAUCAAAUAGCCGCCAUCUAUAAUUUAGGUCGCCAUAAUACCCCGGAUAUCCCUGAUCAUAUUUCACCCGAAGCCAAAUCAUUCCUGGAACUUUGCUUGACCAUUGAUCCACAGCAGCGACCAACUGCGGCCGAUCUUUUACUGCAUCCUUUCUGCUAUUUGGAUCCAUCCUUUGAGUUUACGGAAUAUGUCGUUCAAGGCAGAGUUUAA